UUAAGCUCAAGCUCUGCCAUUACUAACCUCUUCUCAAGAGAAAAAAAAAAAAAAAUCAGAAAAAGAAAAGGGGAGGGAAGAAAGAAAUCAAAGAAGGCAAAAAGGCGAUGGAUUUUCUUUUUGAUGAAGAAGAAUCAGGGAAAUGUGGAAAACACCCUUCACAGCCCCGUAACGGCGUCUGUCCCAUCUGCCUCAGGGACCGUCUCAUCCUCCUCUGCCCCGACUGCGCUAACGUACGCCCCUGCGGCUGCUGUCACCCCUCCGACUUCCUUUCUUCUUCUUCCUCCUCCUCAUCUUUCUCCUCCGCCGCCGUUGAUGUCUCCAAGUACGGUUCCGGGAUCGGAGCCGUCGGCCGCAUGUCGUUACUUAUCGACACCGAACCCUCCUUCCAACGCUCUCGAUCCGCAGCUUUUCAGUUCCUCCGGACAAAAUCCGACCGCAAAGGCGACGGGAUCCGGCCUCCCCCGCCGCAGAAUCGGAGCCGUUCGUCCUUCUUGUGGUUCUUGAGGGCGGAGAAGACGAAGAGGAAAGUGGAGGAGGUGAAGAAGACGGACAAGCUGCCGAGAUCGAGAUCGGUUGGGAUUUCUUGUUACUCAGAUCCCGGCGAGGUCUCCGGCGGUGAUGUCAGAUUAAAGGGUUGGGGUUGGCAUUUUCCGAGCCCAAUCAAGGUUUUCCGGCAGCCGAAGACGGUAAAGGUCGUGCACGAGCGGUCGCCCUUGUACAGAGGUUGAAAGAAAGAGAAGAAAAAAGCGAAUUUCCGUACGUGUAUUAUACGUAUUUGGAUUUUUUGGAAAAUUUAAUACUGAGACUACCAUUAUCAAUUUGUAUAUCUUCGCAUUUUGGAUGGGAAUUGAUAGUUUUUCUUUU